AUGGCAUACGAAGACGGUAUGAGUUCCUCUAAGCGCAACUCGGUCUUUGCGCCUGGUGUGCUGGUCCGAUUACAGUAUGCCUGUUAUCUCUUUGUUGGCCUUGUUGUUACGAUGCUUUUGCGAGGCUCUCUCCAGGGAGUAUUCAGUCGCGUUUCUAUUCUUGAGAAAGGUUGCGAAUACGCUGCUAGUGGUGACACUAAUUAUUGUACAGGGGAAGUUCUUGUCUACCGUGUUAGCUUUGCGUUAAUGCUUUUUUUCCUACUCCACUGGUUAUCUGUUUCUGAUCUGACGUGUUGUAUCGAGAGCGAAGCAAGAGCUGAGUUCCAAAAGCGUUUCUUUUUUGCCAAAAGUAUUAUUCUUGUACUAUUGUUUAUUAUAACCUUUUGGAUUCCGAACAGCUUCUUCAGCGUGUAUGCAUAUGUAUGUAUGUUUGCGUCUGCUAUAUUUCUACUGGUAAAUGUCGUCUUUUUGGUAGAUUUUAGCUACCAGUGGAGUGAUGAUUGGGGACAACGGGCUGAGCAUUCAGGGAAGUGGAUGUGGUAUCUUUUAGCUAUUGCUCUUCUCAGUUACUUGGGCGGAAUCGCUAUGAGCGUUGUUUCCUUUGUGAUGUAUGUCCCUCACUCGGAUUGUAACUACAAUGCCUUUGCCCUGAGCAGUGUGCUGGUGAGUGGUCUUGUGUACACGGUGCUGUCUGUGUGGGUGCCGCACGGCUCUGUUGUGCCGAGCGGGAUUGUGUUUCUCUACACGAGCAGCAUGAUGUUCGUGACGCUGCGGACCGACACGAACCCGCACUGCAACCGCCUCGCGCAGACGCCCGGCCGCCCCGCCCCCAUUCUGCAGAUGAUCCUCGCGAGUGUCGUGAGCGGCGCCGCGCUCGGGUACUCCGUCGUGUCCGCCGGGGGCAACCGCGACGCCCUCCGCCUCGGCCGCAGCCACGAAGAUGGCGACGGCAGUGUCAGCGACCACGAGGACGAGGAGGACCCGGACGAGAGCGGCCAUCUCGGGCGAUAUAUGUUCCUUCACGCCACCAUGAUGCUCGGCAGCAUGUAUCUCGCCAUGCUGGCAACAGGCUGGCAUGUCAGCGGCGCAGGCACAGACACGAUGCUCGGCAGCAUCAAUGUAGCAUUCUGGGUGCGUAGCACCACCGUGUGGAUGGCAGUCCUGCUGUACAUAUGGUCUCUCCUUGCACCGUACUACUGCUGCAGGGACAGGGACUUUGGCUUCGCCGUGGAUGACUGGUAA